AUGGCCGCCGUGCUCUCGCGGCGUCUGGGGAAGCGCUCCCUGCUCGGCACCCGCGUGGCCGCUCCCGAUCCCGCGGGAUCCCAAAUCCCGGAAUUCUCCCCGCACGACCACGGAGCCAAUCCCGAAUUCCCCGAUCCCGGAUUCCUGAAUUCCGGAUCUCCAAAUCCCGGAUUCCCGAAUCCCGGAAGCCUCCGGCAGCUCCAUGGGCAGCAGGUCCUGGUCACUUCCCUGGAUGAGCAAAUCCCAGGAUUCCCAGCGUGCUGGAGGGUGCAGGACACGCUCCAGGCCCCAUCCCUGCCCAGUUCCAGCAUUCCCGAGAGAUCCGUGUCCAGCAACAUCGACGUUCCCAAAAGGAGGCCGGACGCGGCGGUGGAGAUGGACGAGAUGAUGGCGGCCAUGGUGCUGACCAGCCUGUCCUGCAGCCCUGCCCUGCAGUCCCCUCCCUCAGCCUCGCUGGCAGCGGUUGGUGACCCCUGGAGGGACAGCGGGGACGUGUCCGACAGCGGCAGCAGCACCACCAGUGGCCACUGGAGCAGCGGGGGUGGCCACUGGAGCAGCGCUGGCAGUGCCACCGCGUCACCCCCACACUGCCCUGGCAGUGUCACUGCGUCACCCCCUCACUGUGGUGGCAGUGUCACCUCGUCACCCCCUCACUGUGGUGGCAGUGUCACUUCGUCACCUCCUCACUGUGGUGGCAGUGUCACCUCCUCACCUCCUCACCAUGGUGGCAGUGUCACCUUGUCACCUCCUCACCGUGGUGGCAGUGUCACCUCGUCACCUCCUCACCGUGGUGGCAGUGUCACCUCGUCCCCCCCUCACCGUGGUGGCAGUGCCACGCCGUCCCCUCUGACCGACGAUGGCUUCGACACCGACCCCGAGCCCUCCCCGCCCGAGGAGCCGGCGCCGCGCCGGAGGAAGAACCCGUCCCGGCUGAUGUUCAAGUGCCUCUGGCCCGGCUGUGGCAAAGUCCUGCGCUCCGGGGUCGGCAUCAAACGCCACGUGCGCACCCAGCACCUGGGGGACGGCUCCGUGUGGGAGCAGCGGGAGCGUGAGGAGGAUUUUUACUACACCGAGGUGCAGGCCCGGGAGGAGCCGCCCGCCGAGCUGCCACCCCCGGCUGUCCCCAGCGUCACCAGUGUCACCAAUGUCGCCUCUGUCACCAACGUCACCGGUGCCACCUGCUCUGCCCCCAUCGUCAUCCAGCCCAGCCCGUGCCAGCCCGGCCUGAGCCACUCGGCCCCCGGCUCCUUCUGGCACAUCCAGGCCGACCACGCCUACCAGGCGCUGCCCUCCAUCCAGAUCCCGGUGUCCCCUCACAUCUUCACCAGCAUCAGCUGGGCCGCUGCCACCCCCACCCUGCCAUCAUUGUCACCGUCCCUGUCACCGGUGCGGAGUCGCUCCCUCAGCCUCAGCGAGCCCCAGGCGCCGCCAUUGCUCCACCCCCAGCUCCUCGUGGCCUCCCCGCCCCGCGUCCCCCUCACCACCAGUAUACAGAAACACUUUAGUUAG